UGACGGCGGCCGGGAGCGGCCAAGCCUCUUGCUGAGGGCUCUCCCCACUCUCUCGUCCCAGGCAGCUGCGCCGGGAGCUCCGUGCCCGGCUAUGGAGCUGUGGCAGGUGCCGCUGAGCUUCUCCCGCCUCCGCAUGUUCCCUUUCUUCGACCUGGCGCAUUAUGUCGCCUCUGUCCUGGCGCUGAAGGAGCAGCGGGGAGUUGUGGAAGUGUCGGUCCGAAGUCCCUUGGCCUGCUGGUUUAGUGCAAUGCUUUAUUGCUUUGGGGGUUCAGUUUUGUCUUCCUUGAUGCUUGGUGAACCUCCAGUAGCAUUUCUGGCAAAGACCAUAAAUAUUCUACUGGCAUCCUCAGUCUGGUAUCUAGUGUUUUACUGCCCAGAGGACAUAUUCUGCCGCUGCUUUUCCUUUCUGCCUCUUCGUCUUCUGGUGGCAGGAAUGAAAGAAGUGACAAGGACUUGGAAGAUCACAGAUGGCAUUGCACAUGCAGACGUUGUCUACAAAGAUGCCUGUCUUAUCAUGGUGGCCGUGGGCUGGGCCAGAGGUGCUGGUGGUGGCUUAAUUUCCAACUUUGAGCAGCUGGUGAGAGGAGUGUGGAAACCUGAAACCAAUGAGCUCCUGCAGAUGUCCUACCCUGUGAAGGUAACUUUGAUAGGAGCAGUUCUUUUCACCCUGCAACGCAGACAGUACUUGCCAAUAGCAAAACACAACCUUGUGUUUUUAUACACCAUCUUUCUUGUUGUCUUCAAGGUAAAAAUGAUGUUGACAGGAUGUGCAACUUCUCCACUUGCUCCCAUUGAGGCUGCAGUGGGCCAAAUGUUUUUUGGCUCACGAAAGACACCUUCCAAAGUGAAGGGUGAAAGUGCCACAUCUUCCAACGGCUCUUCAGUCUGUGACCAGCCUUCUGAGCAGCACCAUGAGGGUGCUAAGAAAAAACAAGCAAAGAAAACAGACUAAGUGACUUGAAAUCCUUGUGAUGGUCAUGAAGAUGUGUGUCUUCCAGAUUAGGCUGGCUGAUAAGUUUCUGUAAGGAAAGGAGAACAGGGCUGUGUUGUGGUUUGCCUUUUUGGGAUGUGUUGUGUAAGCUAUGUAUAAAUGCACAUGUUGGAUUUGUGAGUUAAAACUAUGAACUUUUAUAGUGGGUAAAAGUUUACUAAUUUUUGUUCUUAUGACAACUUCAAAUGCUUAUAUGUUAAAAAGGUAGUUUCAAAAAUGUGAUAAUCUUUUUUUUUUUUCUACUGUAUCACUUGUUUCACGUCUUCCUAUCCCCCAAUUCUUAUGUGUCAUUUUGAUAACACUGAUUUGUACUGUCAGGUGUUCACUGUAGCACGUUCCAAAUAAGUCAUUAAGUGAGGCUUAAUCACAUUACACUGUGUAAAAUCAUAAAUAUGUACCGAUUUAAUGCCUUUAACUAGAAAAGUAACUGAACUAUUGUUGUAAUUCACAUUGCAUUGGUCUAGAUUUUCUUCAUUUCUUAAAGUAAAUAUUUUAAAAUAAUAUUUUUAAAUGUUUUAAAACAAGAGUAUAUUAUCUCAUUAUAAAUAUUAUCUGGCACUUUAAAAAAAUCUUAGUUAGCAAGUAGAAACACAUCAAUAUUUUUGUUGUUGGCUUACUUGGACUCUUAUUUGCAAGCAUUUGAGAUGUAGGUGUUUUAUGCCACAUUAGUGUUUUACAAGUAGUUUGUAGUUAUCUUCUAGUUCAUUUGGGUCUAGACAUUCUUUGCCUGCAUUUUUUUCUAAGCAUAUGCACUUAUUUCUUUUCAAAGACAAACUUAUUAGGAAGAAUACUGGGCAGUACAUCUACCUUGUUUAGUCAGCACCCUGAGCUGCAGCACAGGGAUGGGAGCAGAAUGUUACCCCCAUAAUCCAUGAGGGAGUGGUCAGCGAGCUGCUAGAAUACCUGGACACUCCCAAGUGGUGGGAUGGGAUCCACCCAGGGAUGCUGAGGGAGCUGACAGAGAGCUUGCUGGGUCACUUCUAAUCAUUUACCAGCACUCUGGGCAAACUGGGGAUGUCGCAGUUUACUGGAGGUUGGCAAAUGUGACACACAUCUACAGGAAUGGUCAGAAGGAGGAUCCAGGGAAUUAGAAGCCUGUCACGUGCCCUGAGUGCCAGGGAGGCCAUGGAGCAGAUCACCUUGAGUGCCGUCAGGAGCAGGACAGGACAACCAGGGCAUCAGGCCCAGCCAGCCAGGGUUUAGGAGAGGCAGGUCCUGCCUGAUCUCCUCCUGUGCCAAGGUGAGCUGCUCAGGGCUGAGGGAAAGGCUGUGGAUGUGUCUGCCUGGACUUUACAGAGCCUUUGACACCUUCUCCCACAGCAUCUCCUGGAGAAACUGGCUGCUCAUGGACAGGGCCCUGUGCCCUGGGGGAAGAAUGGGCUGAGGGCAGGGCCGGGAGCGCUGGGACAUGGAGGGACGCCCGGCUGGGCUGGCACCAGGGGCCAGGUGGGAUCAGAGCUGGGGCAGGGCCUGUUUGACAUCCUCACCAAAGCUCUGCAUAGGGGCAUCGAGGGCCCCCUCAGCCAGUUCCUGAUAGCACCGGGCUGGGUGGGAUGUGGAUCUGCUGGAGGGCAGAAGGGCUCUGCAGAGGGGUCUGGCCAGGCUGGAUCCAUGGGAUGAGGGACAGCCAGGGGAAGUGCUGGGUCCUGCCCUUGGGUCACAACAACCCCAUGGAGCUCCAGGAUGGAGGAAAGGGGCUGGAAAGGGCCCUGGGCAAGCUGUGGCAGCUGUGGGGUGGCAGCAGGAGCGGGGCAGGGCCCGGCCCUGUGCUGGCCCUGCUGAGGCCACACCUCAGAUCCUGGGGGCUGCUCUGGGCCUCCCAUGGUAAGAAAGACUGAGGGGCUGGAGCAUGUCUGGGGAAGGGAACGGAGCUGGGAAGGGAAUGGAGCCCCAGGAGAGGCUGAGGGAGCUGGGAAGGGGCUCAGCCUGGAGAAAAGGAGGCUCAUGGGGGGACCUUGUGGCUCUGCACAGCUCCUGCCAGGAGGGGACAGCAAGGGCGUCGGGCUCUGCUCCAGGGAACAGGGACAGGAGCAGAGGGAAUGGCCUCAGGCUGUGGCCAGGGGGGGUUAAUUUAGAUAUUAGGAAGAAUUUUUUCACAGAAAUGGUGAAAAGCAUUGGAACAGGCUGUCGAGGGAGGUGGUGGAGUAAACAUCCAUGGAGGGAUUUAAAAGGGCGUAUAGACAUUGCAAAUGGGGAUAUGGUUUAGUGUUGGCCUUAACCAUGCUGAGUUAAUGCUUGACUUGAUCUUAAAGGUCUGUUCCAACCUAAACCACUCUUUAAUGUCAGAAGCACUGAAAGCUUUUAUUAGCAUUUGCUGAAGUCUUGCUGCUUUCUGCUUGUUGCAUCUUUUUUUUUACUCAAGAUGUGAAGCAGUUCUAAGUGGCAUACACUUCAUAACUGAGAACUUUGGCAUUUUAGAGGUGUUACAAUACAUAAGAAUAGAAUCUUUCCAGAGGGGAUCUUUUCAUUGAUGUGCCAAUUUUUAGAAUAAACCAUUUUUACAAAAUUAGACUAUUUUCUUCAGAGAGUACUGCUUUGAAGAGCAUUGUUCAGCAAAGAGGGGUUAGGUUAAUCUUUGUGCAGAAUGCCAAAGAGAAUGUGGAGGGAGAUCUGAUUUGAAAAGACAAAGUUCUAGUUCCAGGUACAUCUCUAAAUUUAGAAAAGCUGUCACCAAUGCUGUGCUUAGAGAAAAGAAAAAUAAAAGAACCAAAGAAAUUUCUUGUGCCUGAGUAGUCACAUUUCCAUGGUGAUGACCAAAAGCAUUGAACUCAGUUUGAAAUCCAACUUCAUUGCAAAUGUGCUGUACCUUGAAAGCUAAAAUUACUAUUUUCUUUAACACUUACGAAGAAUUAAAACAAAAUACCCCAAACUUUGGACAAACUGGCAAUUGUAUUCCUUACAUAUUACACUGAAACUUAGUGCUCAGUUACAAAUGCUUGUAGUAUUCACUUGGUGUCUCAUUUUUUUGUAGCUUGAUAUCACAGAUUAACUUGAAGCUGCCAAUCGACUAGUUAAUAAUCAGCUAGUUAUAAAGCAACACCAGCACAUGCUGCCUGUUCAUGGUUUUUUAAAGUUUUAGAUGUUUUUCUGAAUAAUUGUGUGUUCUAGAUCACAUGAACCAUGCAGAAUGGGAUUGUGCAUGGAACCAUGUUACACAUGUGUGAAAUUCUGCCUGAAAAGUGGCUAUUCUCAGCCCAAGUCAAUGUGAAAAUAUUCUUAGUCUUUCACAUGUUUACAAUUAGAGGGAAAAAUGUAUUGUUUUGUAUUUGUUUUGAGAGUUAAAGACAAUACUAAAAUUUUUAAAAAUUUUUUUUUGUCUGAACACCUUAAAAAUAAUACACAAUACAAAAAAUGUAUAUUGUGAGACAGAACACAUGUUAUGCUGACAGAAAUCCUGGUUUAAGCACCAUGAAAACAAAACUUUGUGUUUAAAUGUAUGUGUUUCUGAAGGAUGGGUGUUCAAAAAAGCUACAUGCAAAUAUUCUGAGAACUACAUUUUAUGACACAGGAAAAGAUAACCAGUUGCUCAGGGUUUAACCUGAAUUCUGUUGGAGAUAUUAAUACAGUGUGUCCAGGAUGUCUUAAAUAAACAAUUCCCAGCUUUCGUGGUGAUAGUUUUCUAUCUCUGGUAAACUUCUCUGUGUGAGAAUUUUGUUAACGAUUUCUUAUAACUCUUCGGUAAAGCUUGUCAGAUUCAGCACAGCUGCACACAUGAACUUCUUGGCUGUAUCUGAUUUUAUCAUUAACCUGGUAAAAUUAGAAGAAGCUGCCUUGUGCCUGUAUAAAAAAAAGUAAUUCAGAAAUUGCUUUAUCAGCUCAGUUAUUGGGCUAGAAGGGCAUAUUCCUGGUUAAACCAAUAGCUGUUCUGAGUAAUUUCUACUAAAUACACCCAGCUUCUGUAAAAAGGAAUACCUUAAAAUUUGCUUCUGGAACAGGAGUUUCUUUAGACAAUAAAUGCUAUUUGAUUUCCUCUUC